GACAUUCUCUCUUCUGCUGCAUUCUUAUUUCUUCCCUCCAACUAUUGUUCCCUGCAGCCCUCCUGGAUCUGUCUAGUGUCCACCAGGUCCAGGCCACAUGGAUGGGAUCCACCACUUUACCGUGUACCUACACGCCCUCAGAAGGUUUCACACAGCAAACGCUCAUCUGGAGUGUGGAGCGAGACUAUAGCACCUCUACCGUCUUUCGGAGGGACGAUUCUGGUGACCACAUCUUGUUGUCUCGGUUCAGAGACCGGGUCAGCGUCCCAAAGCACACCCCAGGGGACACCUCACUCCUAAUAGAGAACCUUGAAAUCCCUGACAGCGGACACUAUACCUGUCAAGUCAUCUGGAGGUCUGAAAAUAACAGCUUGAUAACAAAGGAGGUGACCACUACAGUUAAAGUCGUCAAAGUUGCGGCGACCAAGCCCGUCAUCAGGGCCGGCGAGCUGGGGCUGACGGUGCCGGCAGGAGCCAGGACCAGCCUGACUUGCGUGGCCA